CUCUAACUCGUACUUCCCUUUUGCACUUCCGCUUCCAAUCUAUCUAUUCUGCUAUACUCCUAGAAGCUGCACACACAAACACAAAUAAUAAUUAUUGUUGUCAUUAAAUUAAUCAUUCUGGUGUGUUUGGUCAUUUAAAAAUGGCGGAUGCAUGGUCUUCCGACACUACCUCAGGUUCAGAUUAUUGUAAUGAGUAUUUUUCUGACAUUUCAUCUGAAAAAUCGUUGGAGUACGUUAUAGUGGGACAAAAACCGAGUUUAACUCAUCGUAGGAGUAAAAGAAACUUCCUUCAAAAGUUAUUUACCAGAGAGAUAAGGGGCUCGUUUGCAGUCCACAGCAAUGCUCCAGAAGAAAAGCUGUUUUCUUCCAUUCCUUCAUGGAGACGCUUACCUUUAGUAUAUGUGAUUCCAAAAUCUGCUCUUGAGGCAGGACAUGUCGUUAUGGGACUGACACAAUGCGGUCAGUUUCUAUUGACCUACACCUACAACGUAGAACUUAGCGGUACAAACACAAUUUACAAAUACUUGCUGCAUUGGUGGGCCUUCAUGCCGAACCGAGUUGCUCGCAAAGUAGCUGAAGUUACACUUUUUGGCAAUUUUACCAUCUACAGAGAACUUAGUAUAAUUAUAGCUCAAUGGCCCAUGGAGAGUAACAAGCUGGUGGUGCAUGGUCUUUGUUCUCAUUGGCUUAAUCUGCAAAGAGUGGACAGAGCAUACUUAACAAUAACCACCGUUCCGUCCUUAGAUAAUUGCAAAGAAUGCUUAAAAGUCGCAGCAUCUUACGAAGAAGAAGGAGAAGAUUUGGCUGCAAAUUGGGACAGUUGCGUGCGGUGCAACUGUCUUCAACAUGGUCUAACAGUGCACACCUCCUACGAAAUUCUUUCGCCCUUUCCCAGAUUCCGAGCUGUGGUUUGCUUGAACUACUCGAACCACGUGGUCGUGAACACGGGCAAUUUCCUGCACAUUCUUCGAGUGGACAUGGACAGUUCGAAAGUGAAGCAGCAGAGGAGCAUCGAGAAGCAGGAGCCAAGGAUUUCGGACAUAGUCCCACUAGACGUGAGUGACGUCGAGGAGUCGGACGACUUGAGAGCCGAGCGCUACGACAGUUCGUACGAGAAGGGAAGCACGUCCGAGAGCACCGUGGACCAGUCUCCCAAGUGCGAGUCGGUCGCCGAGUACGACUUCUGCGUCGACGUGGGCAGGAUGGACGACUCGGUGGGGCGAGACCUAUCAACGAAUACCUCCAACUCAAAUCCAAGCGAUUAUAUUUGUGAUACUAAAUGUAUUAAUAAUUUAAGUGUUAGAUUAUGCGAAUGCCUAGACAGUAUCGAGAGUGGGUGCGAGUGCGACAAGCCUUGCGACUCGGCAUCGAAAGUGGAGCAGGCGUCCUCCGUUCGGGACAAGAUUCUGCAGGACUUUUGCGAGGACAUGUCCCAGGAGUUGAACAUUGGAAGCGACCUGAUCACUCUCGUGAAACACCCCUCGUGCUCGCCGCGCUCGACGCCCCAGCGCCUGCCCUCCAACCUGAAGCAGUCGUGGAUCUCCCAGAUAUUCAACCCUCCUUCCGACAUCUUGCGGACCCGCAAUUCGGAAUCUAGUCACAAGAGCCUGCGCUGCCAGAGGCCCAAGUCGCCCCAGCCCGGAGUCUCGCAGGACGCCUCGAUUGUCUGCAUCACUUCUAUCAAUUCCCCUCUUCACACUUUGUCAAUAAACCCUUCGCCUUCGUGUUCGCCAAGGUUGAUGUCUCCUCCAAUUACCAAGUCUUUCCGCCACCUGAGUCCGAGGAAGAAAACCGGUUUGCAGGCUCAGCCGUCUCCAACUCCGCCGAGGACCAGAGCGUCGCACAAACUAAUUUUAGAAGCCGAAAAGGCUUACGAAUUCACGGAUGAGUCUCAAGAAACGUGCGAAAAACUUAGUUCUUUCAGGAAACGCAGGUUGGCAGACAAGAAGUAUGAGUUCUGUGACGAAGCCGAAGACGCGGAGAAUAUCGUCCCCUUCAAGCACAUCAGGGGUCAAGCGAAGCAUCCCGACUGCUCGGUUGGGUCGCCCGUCAUGUCAAUUAUGUCCAGACAACAUUCCGAGCUCAGUGAGACUGAGGAGCCUCAAGACAUCGCCAUCUUCGCAGAGUUGCAAUCCUUAGAUUCAGUCGAGAAGAACGUCUUAAGGCCACUCAAUCAAAAUCAGUUGUCCAACGGAACCCGUGAUAGAUCAAAUAAAAACUACUCGACAUCCUCAUCUAUGGUCCCUAAAGGUGUUGUCAAUCCUGUCAUAAAGUGCACGACACGAUUUAAACGAAGUUACAUCGAGCUAGACGAUGAAAUGAUAUCUGUCAUUACGGAUGUUGAAGAUGAUGAGACUGGAGGGUACGUCAGCUAUCAGUGUGUCUUGCCCAUGAAUGUCCACGGAUCUGGCUACACUCAAAUGCAAAUGAUUAGCAACAGCAAGGCAGAAAAAAAUCUGAUACCGUGUGUCUCCAUAAACCAGUUGAGUUUUGACAUAGAAACCUUCUCUCACCACAUUGCUGACUGGAUUUGCAAAAUAUUCAAGAAGAAGUACUGGUACUGCAGCGAUUACGAUAUAGAAAUAAUCAACGUCUGUGCGUUGUCGGGAGACAUUCUCUCUCUGCUCAUAAUGAAGAUUCAAGCCAGUGAAAAUAGUAAUCAAGGACAAAGUUCACAGGAAAGAAAGCAGUAUGAAGCUUGCUGCAAGUUUACUUGGAACAUAGUCACAGGUUUAUAUAAAGUAAUACAUGUGUUGCCCAUGGUUGAGGUGAUGCCAGAUUGGAUAAAAGCGAAUUCGGUGAAAUCACCUAAUGGUCGGAAUCCCAUUUGGAAUCCUACCAGGCGAUUCGCUCCAAAAUUACGAGAGAGUAAUCAACAACCGUAUGCUCAUACUGUGCGCUUCCUACACAACGAAAUGACUCUUGCAGGUGAAUCAAUAAGUAGACUACAAGACUUAGAUAAUCUUGUCGAGUUUUACAUAACACCAAUACCAGUUUUCUCCAGUAGUAUUCUUUAGAUAGAAGGAACAGAAGCCUAAUUUAUUGUAACUUGUAACGAAAGUUAAUCCUUUUAUAGUAAUGCUGAAGUAAAGUUAAGCAAAGUUCAUCGAUGUGUGAUGAAUAGGCGAAAGGCGAAAGGCGAAAAGUAAAAACAUAGAUUUUAUUCUUAGACACGAAGAAUAUGUUGGUUGUAUAAGUGUAAAAAAGUUCUUAAUGUGUUUAAUUAGAUACACUUGUAAGUAUGUAUUAAUUAUGAAAUUUGUAAAUAACAUCGAAAGCUGUCGCGUUGUACACUUUUGUUUUAACAUACUUUAUUUCAGCCAGAGUGCAAAACUUGGGGUGUUCUAGUAUGUAUCGAGGAUUCGAUAGAAAGACAUUCAUUUAGAUAAUACUAACAGCUAUUUUGUGCAGAUUGCUUUCUGCAACAGAUAACAAAUCCACGUGUACAGAGCAACGUUUUAUUUAUCAAUCCAUAAAAUAAUUGGAUGGCCACUUUAGAGAAUGUAAUUUUCUAUUGUUUAUUUUAGAUAGGUAUGUACAAUGAGAAUUAAUUAUAAUUGUCAACCAUUAACAAAAUUUUCGUUCAAAAAUUAAGUACGUUUAAUUUUGACUGAGUUGGUAAAUCCGAUACAAAGAUUUUUUUUAAUUUUUUAUGAAACUGCAUUGUUAACUAAACCGAUAGGUCUUUUUUAUUUUUUUACUCAACGAUUUACCACAGAUAGGCAUACUACUUUGUAACGUAUGUAUGCUCCUAGUAUAAAUAAAUUUGCAGUUUAAAUUAAUAA